GGAGGGAAAGGCCGUCAGCUGUCAGUGGGCAUUUCCGGGUUCGCCUUCCAGGCCAGGUUCCGAAGAACGGACUUCGGCGUUCUUGGCUCGCCUGCAGAGGCCAGUCUGUGAGCUCCCUGGGUGCAUUGAGCCGGAGCACCAGCAUCAGCUGCCGCGCUGGGGCCCCGUGUAGGCGCUCCUUCCCCCUUGUGUUUGUGCCCGCCUGCGUUCUCAGACUCAGAGAUUGUCUUAAAGGAUUCAGGACUCCAAAAAUGUUUCCCUUGAAGGAUGCUGAAAUGGGGGCCUUUACUUUCUUUGCCUCUGCUCUGCCACAUGAUGUUUGUGGAAGCAAUGGACUUCCUCUUACCCCAAAUUCUAUCAAAAUUUUAGGGCGCUUUCAAAUCCUUAAGACAAUAACCCAUCCCAGACUGUGCCAGUAUGUGGAUAUUUCUAGGGGAAAGCAUGAAAGGCUUGUGGUGGUGGCUGAACAUUGUGAACGGAGCUUGGAAGAUUUGCUUCGAGAAAGGAAACCUGUGAGCUAUUCAAAGGUCUUGUGCAUAGCAUUUGAAGUACUUCAGGGUUUGCAGUAUAUGAAUAAACAUGGCAUAGUGCACCGGGCACUGUCUCCUCAUAAUGUCCUGUUGGAUCGAAAGGGGCAUGUUAAAUUGGCUAAAUUUGGACUUUAUCACAUGACAGCUUACGGUGAUGAUGUUGAUUUCCCAAUAGGGUAUCCAUCAUACUUGGCACCUGAGGUAAUUGCACAAGGAAUUUUCAAAACCACUGAUCAUGUGCCAAGUGAAAAACCAUUGCCUUCUGGCCCCAAAUCAGAUGUUUGGUCUCUUGGGAUCAUUUUAUUUGAGCUUUGUAUGGGAAGAAAAUUAUUUCAGAGUCUGGAUAUUUCUGAACAUCUGAAAUUUUUGCUCACUUUGGACUGUGUAGAUGACCCUGUAACAGUGCUGGCAGAAGAGCAUGGUUGUCUGGACAUCAUAAAGGAGCUUCCUGAAACUGUGAUAGAUCUUUUGAAGAAGUGUCUGACCUUCCAUCCGUCUAAGAGGCCAACCCCAGAUGAAUUAAUGAAGGACAAAGUGUUCAGCGAAGUGUCGCCUUCAUACACCCCCUUUACCAAGCCCGCCAGUCUGUUUUCAUCUUCUCUGCGGUGUGCUGAUUUAACUCUACCUGAGGAUAUCAGUCAGUUGUAUAAAGAUAUAGACAGUGACUACCUGGCAGAAAGAUCCAUUGAGGAAGUUUAUUACCUUUGGUGUUUGGCUGGCGGUGACUUGGAGAAAGAGCUUGUUAAUAAGGAAAUCAUUCGAUCCAAACCCCCUAUCUGCACCCUCCCCAAUUUUGUUUUUGAAGAUGGUGAAAGCUUUGGACAAGGUCGAGAUAGAAGCUCCCUUUUAGAUGAUACCACUGUGACACUGUCAUUAUGCCAACUGAGAAAUAGAUUAAAAGAUGUUGGUGGAGAAGCAUUUUAUCCAUUGCUUGAAGAUGACCAGUCUAAUUUACCUCAUUCAAACAGCAGUAAUGAGUUGUCUGCAGCUGCAACGCUCCCUUUGAUCAUCAGAGAGAGGGACACUGAGUAUCAGCUCAACAGGAUCAUUCUUUUUGACCGGCUGCUCAAGGCUUAUCCAUAUAAAAAAAAUCAAAUUUGGAAAGAAGCAAGAGUUGACAUUCCACCUCUUAUGAGAGGUUUAACCUGGGCUGCUCUUCUAGGAGUUGAGGGAGCUAUUCAUGCUAAGUAUGAUGCAAUUGAUAAAGACACUCCAAUUCCUACAGAUAGACAAAUUGAAGUGGAUAUCCCUCGUUGUCAUCAAUACGAUGAACUUUUAUCGUCACCUGAAGGCCAUGCAAAGUUUAGGCGUGUAUUGAAGGCGUGGGUGGUAUCUCAUCCUGAUCUUGUGUAUUGGCAAGGUCUUGACUCACUAUGUGCUCCAUUCCUGUACCUAAAUUUCAAUAAUGAAGCCCUGGCUUAUGCGUGUAUGUCUGCUUUUAUUCCCAAAUAUCUAUAUAACUUCUUCUUAAAAGACAACUCACAUGUAAUACAAGAGUACCUGACCGUGUUCUCCCAGAUGAUUGCAUUCCACGACCCUGAGCUGAGCAAUCACCUCAACGAGAUCGGCUUCAUUCCAGAUCUGUAUGCCAUCCCUUGGUUUCUCACCAUGUUUACUCAUGUAUUUCCAUUGCAUAAAAUAUUCCACCUCUGGGAUACAUUACUACUUGGGAAUUCCUCUUUCCCAUUCUGUAUUGGAGUAGCGAUUCUCCAGCAGCUGCGGGACCGUCUAUUGGCUAAUGGCUUCAAUGAGUGCAUUCUUCUCUUCUCUGACUUACCAGAAAUCGACAUUGAACGCUGUGUACGAGAAUCAAUCAACCUCUUUUGUUGGACUCCUAAAAGUGCUACUUACAGACAACACGCCCAGCCUCCAAAGCCGGCUUCGGACAGCAGCGGACUCAGAAGCUCAGCACCUUAUUUCUCCACAGAGUGUGCAGAGCCUCCAAAGACAGAUCUGUCAAGAGAGUCCAUUCCAUUAAAUGACCUGAAGUCAGAAGUAUCACCUCGUAUUUCAGCAGAGGACCUUAUUGACCUUUGUGAGCUGACAGUUACAGGCCACUUCAAAACGCCCACCAAGAAAACAAAGUCCAGCAAACCAAAGCUGCUGGUGGUUGACAUCCGGAAUAGUGAAGAUUUUAUCAGGGGUCACAUUUCGAGCAGCAUCAACAUCCCAUUCAGUGUCGCGUUCACUGCUGAAGGAGAGCUUGCCCAGGGCCCUUACACCACGAUGCUCCAGAGCUUCAAGGGGAAGGUCAUUGUCAUUGUGGGAAACGUGGCGAAGCACACAGCUGAGUUUGCAGCACAUCUUGUGAAGAUGAAAUACCCGAGGGUCUGUAUUCUAGACGGGGGCAUCAACAAGAUCAAGCCCACAGGCCUGCUCACUGUCCCGUCUCCUCAGAUAUGAAGAACCAGGAACGUGGCUGGCGAAGGAACACAGUGGCUGCAACAGCCAGCAGCACAGCUCUGCUCAGCUAUGUCAUCCAGGACGGCACAUCCCAAUGAUCACAUUUCCAUUAAUCUUUGCUGCAAGGCAUAUUCAUAAAUCUCAUAGCCCAAACGCUGGGUACCCAUGCAAGGAACUUGAUAGUACAUGCAUUGCUAAAAGAAUUUUCUUCACAGUGAAACCUAAUCGUGUAUCUUCAGCACUCUAUGACAUAAAGCCAGAGGAAUUUGGCUGACAAGGCAGAUUUAAUACUAUCAAGAAAUGCCACUUGUGCUGAAAAUUGGUCCUUCAUCACACAGAAUAGACAGUCCUAAGCAGGGGUUAUUUAGGUGAGUUGUGUGUGUAAGUGCUCACAAGUAUGUAUAUGUGUCCAUAUGCAUGUGUUAAAAUGGACCAGAGUUCAACCCAUUGCAGAAAGUGGCAAUAAUUUACUCCCAGAAAAUAAAACAGGAACACAGUGGCCAUAACAGCCAGCAGCACAGCUCUGCUCAGCUAUGUCAUCCAGCCAGCAGCACUGCUCUGCUCCCUAUGUCAUCCAAUAUUUGAUAGAAGGUGUUCACAUUCUGUGCAGAGGCACCCAAGUGACUUAAACAGGUGUCUAGUUCAGCACGUCAGAGUCUACAUGGCAGCCCAGCUGUAGCGUAGUGGCUUCACCAUACCCUACCCAGGUGUGCUCCUCCUGAUUCUCCACCCUCAGCAUUUGGCACCAUCUCCUGGAUGAAAGUGACCACUAUCAAAUGUGCCAUCCAGUGGGAAGUGAAUGAAGGACAGAGGGAAGAGACUAGAGAAGGAAAGAAAAAUAUAUGGAAGGAUAAGUAAGAGAAGUAAGAAGGAAGGGAGCCAUGCUUUCUCCUUAAUAAACAGAAAGCAGAAGCCACUCACUUCUGCUCACACAGCAUUCGGUGGAACCGAGGGAGCAGGUGACAGUCUCUGGCUUAUGCUGUCUCCCAGCUAAAAGGAAAACCUGUCACUAUGAGGGACAGCCAGGAGCCUCUGUGAUAUUAUUUGGAAGCCUAAGUACCAUUAUGCAUUGAAUAGAGGACAUCAUAAUUUUAUAUACCACAAGGAAAGAAAACAUAGAGCAGGAUAGACUAUGACACACCAGCAGUUAUAUGAUAUAAUCCCAUUUCAGAAAUCUGAAAAAUUGACACAUCUCAUAAUUACUGAGAUAUAUCAUUUGUGUUCCAGAUUUGCUUUAAAUUCAAAUGUUCUCUCCUCUGUAACUUACAUUCACUUCCAGUGUGAAGAGUACCUCAUCUGAACAUUUCAAUAAAAAUCUCA